GCGAGCCAGCCAUGGAGGACGAGCAGAGUUUCUCGGACAUCUGUGGCGGUCGCCUGGCCCUGCAGCGCCGCUACUACUCUCCGUCCUGCAGGGAGUUCUGCCUCAGCUGCCCUCGGCUCUCGCUGCGCUCGCUCACUGCUGUCACCUGCACAGUGUGGCUGGUGGCGUACGGACUCUUCACCCUAUGUGAGAACAGCAUGAUCCUCUCUGCUGCCAUCUUCAUCACCCUCGUAGGCCUGCUGGGUUACCUUCAUUUUGUGAAGAUUGAUCAGGAAACUCUGUUAAUCAUUGAUUCCCUGGGCAUCCAGAUGACUUCAUACUAUGCCUCAGGCAAAGAAAGUACCACCUUCAUUGAGAUGGGCAAGGUGAAGGAUAUUGUUAUUAAUGAGGCUAUUUAUAUGCAGAAGGUGAUUUACUACCUCUGCAUAUUAUUGAAGGAUCCAGUGGAACCACAUAGGAUAUCUCAAGUAGUACCUGUCUUCCAGAGUGCCAAGCCCCGGCUGGACUGCUUGAUUGAAGUGUACAAGAGCUGCCAGGAGAUCCUGGCACACCAGAAAGCCACAUCAGCAAGCCCAUGA